CAUCAUUCUGCUAGCUGUGCCUGUGGCGUUGUGACACCAUGCGAAGGCUCUUUGCAAAGCAGCGCCGAUCCAUCAUUUCAUGGCUCUGUUGCGAGCUCAGCUCUUUCAGCACAAUCUUAAUGUACUGACUGUCAUCCGAAACAACCCAAUGGGGGAGCACUCCUGUUUGAGUUAUUUGAUUUAAGCUAUCGCGAGACAUUGAGCUGCGGACACAGGCAGGGAUGGCUGCAAAGCCCGCCUCCUGCAUGCAUACAGCCAGCGCGCAGCGCAUUCAGCUGGCAAUUUUGUUUCUUGCAUCGCUGAUCCACACCCUCUUGGUACCCGCCGUCUGUCAUGAUGUGGGGGUCCUCAUGUUCCUGCACGACGCCUUUGGGAGUCCCCCUGUCUUGUCAAACUGGUCUUGGGCCAAGGAGCCCUGUCAGCCGCCGUGGUUUGGGGUGAAGGAGUGCAAUCAGACGUCUGGUUGCCACACGAUUGGGGAUGCAUCAGAGGAAGAGCAGAACUGCAGGGUUCUCGCUCUUGACCUACACUCCCUCGGCCUGGGGGGCACCAUCUCGUUCGUCCUGGGCGACGCGUGGCGCCUCCAAUUCCUCGACUUGAGCGACAACAGCAUCGGGGGGCCCCUCCCCGUUGGAACCCAAGGCAUCGCCAAAAUGGGCGAUCUCCAAUACUUCAACGUCUCCCAUAACCAGCUGAACGGGUCCAUACCCUAUGACAUCGGCUACAUGUACAGCCUGCAGACCGCGGACUUAUCGUACAAUAACUUCAGCGGGGAGCUUCCCGCCAGUCUCGGAGUAUUGGCGUCCGGGGGAAACUUGACCUACCUCGACUUGACCGGGAACCAGUUUACCGGGCCGGUGCCCCCACAGCUCGCCACUAUACCGACGCUCAAACUUGGCUCGGUGACGCCUACCGGUCAGAUUGACCUCGGUGGCAAUAGCGGCCUGUGCAGCGAAGUCAUCCCCGGGCUAUCUCCCUGCCCGCCCGGUACAGUGCUCCCCGGGCUCAAUACCAGCCAGCCGCCACUGCCGCAUCUCUCCCCGGGGGCGCUUUCUCCGCCCGCGCCGAGGGCAUCCGUCUGGGGGUCGGCGGUCCUUCCAAUCCAGGCGCUGGCUCCUUCCACGGUCAAUCUUUCCAGAGCCCGGGGACCAGCCCCGGUGCCAGCUCCGCUUCCGAUGCCAGCUGCAAUUCCGGUGCCAGCCCCAGCUUCCGGCCCAGUCCCCUCUCCGAUCGCUCCCAACGCCCAGGCCCCGGUGCCAAUAGCGACCGGUACAAGCUCCCCGGUUGCUCCCGUCUCCAACAACCCGGCUGUGGUGACCCCAAGUACCCCCGGAUCAAAUUCCACCGCUGUAUUGAACACGACCGGCGCUUCAAGUACGCCCGGGAGUGCCGUAGGGGCCCCCACGGGAGCAGCACGCGGUAUGAGUGGUUAUUCGAGCAUCAUGGGAGUCCGGGCUUGGUCGUUGCUCGUGUUUGUGUAUGUACAAUGUUUAUAGUACCAGACUGCUUACUUGCUGCAAGAUUACAGACUUCGAUCAUGUGUGAUAUCUAGGGCAAGAAAGCCGCGCAACUACAUUACAGCAUCCAUAGUAGGUAGCCCUCUGUAGCUAGGGGAAGGAACGUCCAGUAGCUAGUCGAUCAAAUACGGCGCUGAUCAUCGGUUAGGCCUUCUCAGAAUUUCGCAGUCACGUGUUGUCAACAGUCAUCUAGUUCGGCAGGCCUCGCAGCUGGUUGGCCGCUUGAGAUUCUAGCAGAACAACUGUUUCAGAAGAAGCUUGCCCCCUUAUUACUGGUCGAUCCCCAUGCAAGAUUCGGGAAGAGAGCAUACGCAUUGGGCCAAGGUAAGUCUGUUUCUCGGACGGUUCGGUUGGUCACGGACUCAACGUAGAAUUUCAUCAGUACCAUCCGGGUGCAAUCCUGAAUACAGGUCGUUCAAUACCGUACCCAACUGAACUUACCCAAUUGUUUCCGUUUCGGUCGGCCGCGCAUCCGAUGUGAUCCUGCAUAAGUCAUGCCUCGCGAUCCAUUCGAGGCAUGAUAUGCAAUCUGCUGCGACCUGGCCGCG